AAAAGUAUCAAUUGGCAAUUUGCAGGCAAAUGUCUGGCAAACCACGCACAGCCAGGAGGACUCUGCAAACGCUUGACACUUUCGUCCAAGUUGCAAUUGACGCAAGCACUCUGGCAACUCCAUCGGCAAAGAAAAAAUCUCGCAGAAGGCGCAAAAAGAGCCAACAGGAAGCGUCAAACCCGUUGGCACUCCCUCUUCAAGCCAAAGCUGUCGUGCCACCCACACCACCAGCUCCUGCAAAACCUUCACGACGCAAACGCAAAACAAAACUGAAAAACUCUAUUUUGCAAAGUAGAAAAACUUUGCAACGAUGCAAAUUUCGCGUUCGCGGGCUGAUAACAGCCAAGGAUCUCGAAGAUGAAGAUGAAGCUGAGGAGGUCGAGGAGGAGGUUCGAGCUGAUUUUGAGCGAUUUGGACAGCUGAAAGAAAUUGUCGUUGUCAAAGGAAAGAAAACAAAAGUAGAAGCUGGUAAUUUGGUGGGGGAUGUGAUUGUCACGUUUCAAGACUCGUCAAACGCAUCAUCGGCUUUCGAUGUGUUCGAUGGGAAAUUGUUUGGUGGGAAUACGGUGACGUGCAACUGGGAGGCGCAGAGUGAAGGAGACAAGAAUUUCGUUGUGGUAGUCAGCGGAAUACUUACACCUGAAGAACUGGAAGACCCGGAUGAAGUGGCUGAUGUCGAGGAGAAAAUGAUGCAAAUUUUCACGAAGCAUGGAAAAGUGAAAGAUUUGUGGUUAAAUAAUACGACGGGGGAGGUUACGGUGAGUUUUAGUGAAAGCUGCGACGCAGAUAGAUUGGUGCAAGCGAUGAAUAAAUCGCGGUAUGGAGGCCGUGACGUGACUGCUCACCUAGAGUACUCGAGUAAAAAUUCUCAAUUAGUCGACGAGAAUGCAGCAAGGCAAGGUGAAAUAGUGGCAACGCGCGUCGCAAACCCUCUUGUUCAGCCGACAGAGUCACCUGAGUUGCAAAAUCUUGUUGGCUUGUUCUUAAAACGACUCGCAGCUUUGCAGGAGCGUGCGCAUGCGCAGAACAAAGCCAGCAAGCGGUCACGACGUUUAGUGAUCGGGAUGCACGAAGCACGGCGAGGCUUAGUCUGCAACAAAAUUGUUUUGUUAAUUAUCGCGACAGACUUAGACGGGUGUGAAGCUGUUGAAGAAAAAUAUCGGGAGGUUGUGACGAUCGCAGAAGAGCAUGAAGUUCCCGUUCUCGCUCCAGUGAAUAGACGGAAGUUAGGUAAGAUGGUGCAAAAGAGCGUGCGCGUGAGUUGUGUCGGAGUUUAUUCUGCUGAAGGCGCGAACGAUCUUUUUCAGCAGAUACUGCAAAAUAUGAGAUCGAUACCACAGUGAAAUAGAUUUCCUAUUGCGCGGAUCCAUGACGAGGAAUCCGACCAAGCUGCCAGCAUUGGUAAUACUCUCGGGGGUCGAUGUCAUCUUCGCGGGAUGUCCUCUUGUUUUUGUUGACAGCGUACUCGUUGAUGCGUCUACAUGCCUCGAUUUGACUUCUGGCUAUAACCUCAUUGGUCACCUUCAUAUACUGGAGGAAAUCCACAUCUUCGCACAGAGGUGUUUGUUCCUGCAAGAAAUGAAGCUGG